AUGAGAACAGCUCUGGCAUUGCUAUCUUUGGCUUCGGCAGCCAGAGCUCUCUCGGCGUACCAUUCUCAGAGAACGCAUAGCAAGGAGGCUGCCAGCUACCGCGCGCAAGCCUCGCAGCUGCGCAAGGAAGCCGCGAUUCUGGAAACGGAGCUCAUCAAGGAAAGAAAAGCACUCGAGGCGCUCCGAGAGCUCGAAAAUCCGAAACCCGCGGACACGACACCGCCGCAGCCGGUCCUCGUGGCAAAAGCAGGCGCCGUCGAGGUGCGCUGGGCGCUCGACGACGCCGGCGCGCUGAAGGCGAAGGUCGCGGCCGGCGGCGCGACGCUCGACCUCGAGGGGUCGUGGCGCGCGUCCGACAGGACGGUCCUGCUCGCGGCGAGCGGCGUCCUCGGCGUCCGCGUCGCGUGCGAGGCGCCCAUGAUGGCCGCGGAGGGCGUCCGCGCCGCGCGCGAGAGGAGGAGAACGUGCGAGCGGGCGCUCGCGCGCGCCGAGCAGGCCGCGCCGGAGGCGGCGGCGGCGCUCUACGCGCUCGACGGCGUCGACGCCCCCUCCGGCGGCUGGGUGCGCCGCCGGCUCGCCGCCGCGCGCCGCCGCCGCCGCGCGCGCCGCGUGGCGCGGCUCGCCGCGCGGACGAUCGCCGGCGCGCGCGCCGACGCCCAGCGCUGGGACGCCGCCGUCCGGCCCUUCGACGGCCCGGCGAUCACCGUGACGCUCGACGGCGUCGACCGCGUCGUCGGCGCGUCGGGCGCGAUUGAGUGCGUCGGCCUCCGCGCGGCGGUCUACGGGCGCAAGCGCGACCGCCGGCCGCUCUUCGCGCGCUGCUCGCUGAGCCGCGACGUGCCGCGGCGCCGCGUGGCGCGGGCGCGGAGCGGCGGCCGCGCGGGCGGCGGCGCCAAGCUCUCGACGUGA